UCGUUUCCGUUUUUCUGAUUCGGGCCCGUAUUUUGCGACACGGUCACCCCCUUCCCUGCCCAGAACGACAUCGUUUUCUUCCCUGAUCUGCCCUCCCUCCCUCUCCUCCCCGAUCGCCGCCCCUUUCGCGCUCCUCAUUUCCUCUUUUGUUGCUUUCCUGGCACUAUCUGAACCAGCUCCUGCGUAUUCUGUUGAGCUCAUCUUUCCGAGAUGAAUAUGCAGCAACUUGUGCAGCCUAGAUCUUCUUCUAAUGGUUAUGGCCGUCGCAAAGUUGAAAAAGAUGCUGUGGUUAGAUCUGACAGUAAGUUUCAGGCAGAUAAAACAAAUUCCAAGAGAGCUGUAUUUGGUAAAGGAGGGGCAUUUGAGGCGCCUCGUGAUCGACUAAUAUAUUUAACCACAUGUCUCAUUGGGCAUCAAGUGGAUGUCCAGGUGUUGGAUGGAUCAAUAUAUACUGGAAUUUUUCAUUCAGCAAAUGCUGACGAUUUUGAAAUUGUUCUGAAAAUGGCUCAUUUAAAUAAAGAUGGUUCUGGAGGACAGAAUAGUAUAUGGGAUUCUCCUAGCAAGCCUUCUGCUCAUACUUUUAUCAUACAAGCUAAGGAUCUUGUGCAAGUGAUCGCAAAGGGAGUGCCUAUAACAAGGGAUGUUCUAACAAAUGAGCUUCAACAUGAAAAGCAGCUGGAACUUAUGACAGAUUCUUCUAUAUCCCAGUCCCGCUAUGUGGAGGUGGGCAGAGAGCUGGAGCGUUGGGUCCCUGAUGAAAAUGAUCCUAGCUUCCCUGAGCUGGAGAAUAUCUUUGAUGGGCCCUGGAAUAGACAAUGGGAUCAGUUUGAAGCAAAUGCAACUCUAUUUGGAGUGACCAGCACCUUCGAUGAGGAACUUUACACCACAAAACUUGAGAGAGGUCCACAAACGAGAGAACUGGAAAGGGAAGCUGCCCGGAUUGCUAGAGAGAUUGAGGGUGAGGAUACCCUUGAUCUUCAUCUAGCAGAGGAGAGAGGAAUUCAGCUUGUUGGAAAUCUUGAACUUGAUGAAGAAACACUGUAUUCAUCAGUCUACCGUGGAGCUGAUGACAGUGGAUAUGAUGAGGUCGAGGAUAUAUUAUUGGAUUCACGAAAUGAUGAAACAUUUGGAGAUGUCUCUGAUUCUAUAGUUGCUAAACCUUUGAUGGAUGCGAAUACUGGUAGUGCUGGUGAUGGUAUAAAAUCGUCAUCAAGAUCUUCAUCAAGGGGUGAAGUUCAAUCUUCUCUGACUGCUGUGAGCAGGGAUGUUACCAUUGGUUCUGAGGAUCAUGCACGGCAGCUGUUAACUGAGCAUUUCCCUAAACCGCCCUCUGUGAUUGGGGCAAGCAGGGUUCAGGAAAACCAAUUUGCAGGACAUGCCAAAAUUAGUCGCCCUAAAGAGGAUAAUAAACAGCAACCGGUACUUGAUCAGAAUCGAUCAUCUAAAGCAGAAGCAUUCGAACCGUUAUCACUUGCAACCACAAAAAACCAGGAAACAGUGAGCACCACUAAUGAGCCAGCAGAGGCGGCAGCACCCCCCAAAACUCAAGGAGCGCCAAGUUCUGUUGCUCGUCCCAGUAGUUCUGCUUCAUCUACUUCUGACCGUGGAGGUGCUGCUUCAACUUCUGCUGGCCGCGGAUUGUCGUCAAAUUCAUCUGUCGGCUCCCUGUCGUCAGAAAAGUCAACACUGAAUCCCCAUGCUAAGGAGUUCAAAUUAAACCCGAAUGCAAAGAGUUUUGUCCCGUCCCAGACCACUCUGAGGCCGUCCUCCCCCGUUCCUGAAAGCUCCUACUACUACCCAACCAAUGUUACAUCUCCAUCGCAGAUGCACGGCCUGCCCAUUGGUAUUGGGAUGGGACCUUCUUUUGCUGGUCAGCCGCCGAUGAUGUUCAAUCCACAGGGUGGACAAAUGCCGCAGCCGUAUUAUCAUCCAAAUACAACUCAGUACGGACAGCAGAUGGUGUACGGGCAGCCUCGACCUGUCCUAUACAUGCCAUACCCAACUGAAAUGCCAUACAACGGCAGGGAAUUCUAACUGUGUGAUCCGGAAGGGUAAAGUUUUAGGCGUGAUAACGGUUGCUUUUGUUUGUGGGGAAUAAAAGAUUCUGACAACAUCAAAUUUCAGCUGGGCAACGAUUUUUUAGGGCGAAAACACCCACAGAAUUAUCGCGCGCAGGCAUCUCCGGCGGCUGUUCUCUCUUUCUUAUUGGAAGGUUGGUUCUCUUUUUAGGUUUAUAUCUUGGUCGGAGUGCAAAUGUGUCGUAUCGUAUCGUGAAAUGUAUGUGUUGGUGUCGUGUACUAUGUAUCCUCGUUUGAUGUCCUCUUUGGAGUUAUUGACUAAUGUGUUACUUGGUCUUUUUUUUCCUUUUUUUUGUUUUUUUUUUUUUUUUCUUCCUAAUUGUUUUUGGUCGUUCUGUGUUCUGUCCAUUGUUGGUUCGACUCUUUGUGAUGUGGAGCAUGUGUUGUGAUACAAUACUGAUUUGAAUGUUAGUUUGUAAAUA